UGUUCGAGAAACGAAGUCGCGCUCAAUGUCCGGUGUGACGGCUUUCGGCUGCGUGUAGUACACUACAUUGGUAGGAACGAACGGCGCAUUGUCCUUCGCGCAGGUCGCGGCGAGCAGACGAUAUGUUUACGAUCAGGGUGGUUUCGCACGCGGCACCGAUCCGCGCGAGGAGCAGUAACUCUGGAGCACGCCGAACAAAGGCAGCUUUAAGCGAGGCCCGAUCAGCUUGUGCGGUGAUGCCGCUGCUCGGUUCACACUGCUGCGGCUCUAGGCUUUGGCUGACCGCAGUCGCCGCGCUAGUGACUGCGUGCGGCGCUCUCGAGCCCGAGUGCCUUCAGCCUCUGGAGCGAGGCUCGUGCGACAAGCUGCACGGUCGUUUCUUCUACAACGCCACCAGCCGCCAGUGCCAGGAGUUCUUCUGGCUCGGGUGCGCCGAGAACGCGAACAACUUCGAGAACCGCGAGGACUGCGAGAAGGAGUGCCAGCACUCGGGAAUACCACUGCCAAGACCUAAAGAUGGGCCCGGCCGGCGCAACGCCAUCUGCUAUCGGCGCCCUCGACGCGGCAAUUGCAAGGCCAUCCACCGGCGCUGGUUCUUCAACUACCGCACCCUGAUGUGCGACCGCUUCCUCUGGGGAGGCUGCGACACCAACGGCAACAACUUCCACAACCGGCGCGACUGCCGCGUGGCCUGUUCGCUCGAUUCGCCCGUCCCCGAAAGCGACAGAUUGGACAGCGGCAUGUAGUCCUGCCGGUAUAUAUACCGGGGUUCUUGCAAGUCGACUAAUGAAACAAGUGAUACAUAUACGCAACUUGCAGCGAUGAACAAAAUGAGGGCUGUAAUCGAGCGCUCCAUCUUGUGUCCGCGUCAACUGUUUCCGCUGAAUUUGUCCUACAUAAUGUCCUACUCUAUUUGUCCUACUCAUUUAAUAAAGCCCUGGACCGCGUUGCGUCUAGCUAUACAGAGAAAAAGUGGGGAGGCUGACAUUAAAGGGCUACUCUUUGGAAAAUAUAAUUUAGAACUAUGCAGUGGUAGAGAAAAUAAAGUAUCAAACGAGACAGCUGUAUCAUAAAAAGAGCAUCCGUACUUAUAAUGUUCAAUACAUUUGGCAAUAUUUGUCUGAAA